AUGAAUUCCAGCGUCUUGUCGAAGGCCGCGGCCCCCGCCCGGGUCCUGGCGCAGAGUCAUUUCUGCGGCUCCAAAAUCAAAUGCUUAAGCAAAGGAGCUCAGCUCCAUACCGUGGCGUUGCGUCUCGGCUCCCGGGACCGACCGAGGUUGAGGGCAGAUGCUAGAGCCCCUCCUUCAAAACGACUCUUCCAUGCUACGAAUUCUGUCUCCCAGAAAGACCCUUACCAAGCCCUCGGAGUCACCAAAAGCGCAUCGGCUGCCGACAUUAAGAAGGCAUACUAUGGCCUGGCCAAAAAAUACCAUCCCGAUACGAACAAGGACGACAGUGCGAAGGAGCGUUUCGCCGACAUCCAGUCAGCCUAUGAGAUAUUGUCCGACCCUAAGAAGCGGGAGCAGUUUGACCAAUUUGGAGCCGCUGGCUUUGAUCCUAGCGGAGGAGCUCCCGGCGGUGAUCCAUUUGGCGGUGGGGGUCAUCCAUUCUCCGGCUUCGGUGGUGGACAGGGAGGUUUCGGUGGUGGCUUCAACUUCGACGACAUCUUCUCCGCCUUUGCGGGACAACAAGGCCCCUUUGGCGGUGGCCGCCGAGGUGCACGCAACCCUUAUCAGCAGGAGGUUUUGGUCGGUGACAACAUUGAGGUCCAAGCCAGUAUCUCAUUUAUGGAAGCCGCCAAAGGUACUGCCACAACGAUCAACAUUACUCCCUUGACCACUUGCGGGACUUGUACAGGCCAUGGUCUGAAGACGGGAACGAAGAGGAGUGCUUGCAAGGCUUGCAAUGGCACCGGAACUCGUGUGCACUUCAUGCAGGGUGGUUUCCAGAUGGCGUCUACCUGCGGGACCUGCGGUGGCACCGGCUCAACCAUCCCCAAGGGAUCCGAGUGCCGAACCUGUUCAGGAAACGGCGUGGUUCGAGAGAGGAAGUCGAUCACCGUCGACAUCCCUGCCGGAAUCGAAGAUGGCAUGCGUCUCAGGGUAGACGGAGCAGGCGAUGCCCCCGCUACUGGACGCUCUGCCGAUCCCAACGCCCGAGCCCAGAACGGAGAUCUUUAUGUCUUCGUUCGAGUCGCCAAGGACCCCAAGUUCCGCCGAGAAGGCUCGAACAUCCUGUACACUGCGAACCUUCCUCUCACAACCGCCCUGUUGGGUGGCCAGGCCAGCAUUCCCACCUUGGAUGGGUCGGUUAAUGUCAAAAUUGCCACCGGCACCAACACUGGCGACAAGAUGACUCUCACCGGCAUGGGCAUGAAGAAACUCGGCUCGCGGCGUGGUGGCAGUGGCGACUUGAAGGUGGAGUUCCGUGUGGCAAUGCCCAAGUACCUCAGCGCAAACCAGAGGACCAUCGUGGAGAUGCUUGCGGACGAAAUGGGAGAUAAGACGGCGAAACGUGUCAUGAAUGUCUCUUCAGCUGCAAACGCUCAAGCGGACCCUUCUGAUCCCGAAUCUCACAAGGAUGAGGGCUUCCUGAAGUCGAUGUGGCACACAUUGACCAACAACCCUGCCCAUCAGAAGCCCGAAGACGCCAAUGAAGACACCACGUCCAAGAAGACUGACGAAAAGCCCAAGGAGGACCCGAAAAGCAAGUCCCCGGGAUCGGGCUCGAGCUGA